CUUUCAUCUUUUGAGACUAUAAAGAAUUUAUAUAUAACUCUUAAAAUAUUAUUAGAUACAUUAAUAUCAAAUGCAGCAGAGAUUACAAAUAUACAAAAGAAAGAUUUAAUUAUAGCAUUUUAUGAUGAAUUAUGUAAUUAG